AUGCUCAGGAAGCAUAUACAAUAUGCGCGAGAGAAGAUCCGACCAAAGCUGCAUCAGAUGGACCAAGACAAGACGUCAAAAUUAUUUUUGGAGCAAAGACAGGAGUCAUUAUCGGGAUUGAUUGCGAUCUUGGUGCGCCAUUUAGAGUCGAUGAUCCGGAUGUCGGAGGCGAGUGCAAAGUUGCAUCUGCGGGACUUCAUCCAAUGCCAGAAAAUCAGCAUCAAGAAACAGCUCGAACGCGGGUUUAGAAAGUAUCUCACAGUCGCCGACGAUCAUCAGGAACUCCUCGGCUUCCUCCUCGGUCAAGUCGUCAAAGAGAAAAUUUGGUUCCAUAUUGGUAAACUGAAGGCUUGCAACGUGGCUCAACUGAGCUUUCUGCUCAACGGCCUGAAACGGUCACUAUCAAGGUCUCUGAGCUCAAGGAACAAGUUCAGUCCCCUCCCCCUGCCCUUCCUCUCUUACCUCUACUUGCUUCAACAAAGAAAAAGAAUGCUGAUGGCUAAAGAAGAUGAAAUUUACGAUGUCAGACCGUUCUUGAAAUCUCUACUCUUCAGUACUAAUGGAUACUCCUUUCAACAACAUGAUCAAGCAGGAAUGAUCAAAAGUUUUGACUCAAAUUCAAUCCAGAAAGAUUGGUCUCAAAAUCCAGCUGCUAAUUUUGUGUUGAAGGCACUGAAUGAUCUGACCAAAGACCAGAACAACUACAGCCAGCUCAGGGUUUAUGGAGUUGCAAUUGUGCUAGAUUCAUAUGAUGAAUAG